AUGUUGCGUGUGUUUCUCUCCCUCCUAGGUGUGGUGUCAGCACAGCGGCAGGUCACCAUUCAGGAAGGACCCUUGUACAGCACGGAGGGCUCCCACAUCACUAUCUGGUGCAAGGUGAGUGGCUACCAGGGACCUUCUGAUCAGAAUUUCCAGUGGUCCCUUUACCUGCCUUCGUCGCCAGAGUGAGAGGUGCAGAUCGUCAGCACCAUGGACUCUUCCUUCCCCUAUGCCAUCUACACCCAGCGCAUCCGCGAAGGGAAGAUCUUCAUAGAAAGAGUCCAGGGGAACCCAACCCUAUUGCACAUCACAGAUCUUCAGGCCCGGGAAGCCGGAGAAUAUGAAUGCCACACACCCAGCACCGAUAAGCAAUACUUUGGGAUUUACAGUGCAAAGAUGAACCUAGUGGUGAUCCCAGACUCCCUGCAGACCACUGCCAUGCCCCAGACUCUGCACAGAGUGGAGCAGGACCCACUGGAGCUCACUUGUGAGGUGGCCUCGGAGACCGUUCAGCACAGCCACCUGUCUGUGGCCUGGCUCUGGCAGAAAGUUGGUGAGAAGCCCGUGGAGGUCAUCUCCCUGAGCCGAGAUUUCAUGCUUCACUCCGGCAGCGAAUAUGCCCAGAGGCAGAGCCUGGGGGAGGUGCUGCUGGACAAGCUGGGGAGGACCACCUUCCGCCUCACCAUCUUCCACGUGCAGCCUUCUGACCAGGGCGAGUUCUACUGCGAGGCCGCCGAGUGGAUCCAGGAUCCGGAUGGGUCAUGGUAUGCUAUGACCCGAAAGCGUUCCGAGGGAGCCGUGGUCAACGUCCAGCCAACUGACAAAGAAUUCACUGUUCGGCUGGAAACAGAGAAGCGGCUGCACACGGUGGGCGAGCCGGUGGAGUUCAGAUGCAUCCUGGAGGCUCAGAAUGUUCCCGACGGUUACUUUGCUGUCUCCUGGGCCUUCAACAGCUUGCUCAUCGCCACCAUAGGCCCUAACGCUGUGCCUGUCCUCAACAGCGAAUUUGCUCACCGGGAAGCCAGGGGACAGCUUAACGUGGCCAAAGAGAGCGACAGUGUCUUUGUGCUGAAGAUCUACCACCUCCGCCAGGAAGAUAGAGGGAAAUACAACUGCUGGGUGACUGAGCGAGAGAAAACCGUGACGGGGGAAUUCAUUGAUAAGGAGAGCAAGCGUCCCAAGAACAUCCCCAUCAUAGUCCUCCCCCUCGAGAGCAGCAUCUCCGUGGAGGUGGCCAGAAAUGCCAGCGUCAUCCUUGAGGGCAAGGACCUGCGCUUCUCCUGCAGCGUCCGCAUGGCAGGCAGGCUGCAGGGUCGCUUCUCUGUCAUCUGGCAGCUUGUGGACAGGCAGAACCGCCGCAGCAAUAUCAUGUGGCUAGACCGGGAUGGCACCGUGCAGCCAGGCUCGUCCUACUGGGAGCGCAGCAGCUUUGGGAGCGUCCAGAUGGAGCAGGUGCAGCCCAACUCAUUCAGCCUGGGCAUCUUCAACAGCAGGAAGGAGGACAAGGGCCAGUAUGAAUGCCAUGUGACUGAAUGGGUGCGGGUGGUGGAUGGCGAGUGGCAGAUUGUUGGGGAGCGCCGGGCCAGCACUCCCAUCUCCAUCAUAGCUCUUGAAAUGGGCUUCGCAGUCACAGCCAUCUCCCGGACACCGGGGGUGACCUACAGCGACUCCUUUGACUUGCAGUGUAUCAUCAAACCCCACUACCCUGCCCAGGUCCCCGUGUCAGUGACAUGGCGGUUCCAGCCGGUGGGCACGGUGGAGUUCCAUGACUUGGUGACCUUCACCCGGGACGGAGGGGUCCAGUGGGGGAACAGGUCCUCCAGCUUCCGAACCCGAACUGCCACCGAGAAGGCUGAGUCCAGCAACAACGUCCGCCUAAGCAUCAGCCGAGCCAGUGACACGGAAGCAGGCAAGUACCAGUGUGUGGCAGAGCUGUGGCGGAAGAACUACAACACCUGGACACAACUGGCAGAGAGGACCUCCAGCCUGCUGGUGAUCAGGCUGCUGCAGCCAGUGACAAAGCUGCAGGUGAGCAAAUCGAAGAGGACCCUCACCCUGGUGGAAAACAAGCCCAUUCAGCUGAACUGCUCCGUCACGUCUCAGACCAGCCAGAACUCCCACUUUGCGGUGCUCUGGUAUGUCCACAAGCCCUCAGAUGCCAACGGCAAGCUUAUCCUGAAGACCGCCCACAACUCCGCCUUCGAAUACGGUACUUACGCGGAGGAGGAGGGCCUGAGAGCCAGGCUUCAGUUUGAGAGGCAUGUGUCGGGGGGCCUGUUCAGCCUCACCGUCCAGAGAGCCGAGGUCAGCGACAGCGGCAGCUACUACUGCCACGUGGAGGAGUGGCUGCUGAGCCCCAACUACGCCUGGUACAAGCUGGCAGAGGAGGUUUCUGGGUGCACAGAAGUCACUGUGAAACAGCCAGCGGGUGCAGCCCAGAACUGUCUUCUGAGGAAGAGGUGCUCUCCUGGGCCCCCACUGUCCCCAGGCCUCAGCAAGGCAAGUGAGGUGCUGCCAUCAUCCAGGCUGGACAGUUCAGUGAUUUGCCUGAGGCCCCACAGCAGAGUUCAACUGGAGACAGAGAAACCAGCCAGAGGCAGAGGGAGGUAACACGGAGUCCCCCAGAAAGGUCUGGGCUGCGCGUGCUUCAGGUAACCUCCCUUGACCUUCAGGAGAAUGAGAAGGCUGCCUGAUCAGAGAGUCUCUGAAGAAGAUCCUGUGGCUACAGGCUUCAGCAGAGUGUGAGGGAGACCCCAGUUAUUUCCUCAGGUGUUUCCACCAAAUCCUCCUGUCUUUCAUGGCCAACACCCCAGGCAAGGCUUGGGGCCCCCGUCUGCUGCU